AUGACACGAGACAAUAUUCUAAGAGUAUCACUUCUGAUUGAUGAAUAUGACCCUACAGAGGCUGGUCCAAGCUGGGCUGCCACCAAACAGAAGAACCUGAGGACCAGGAAGUGGAAGCCCCAGAUACAUCCUAACUCAGUGUGGGAGUGGAUUCAGAGCGCCCAAGUCUCGGUGCGGUUGGACAUCAGAACCUGUCAUCCCUGGCUGGAUGUGUCCUCAGAUUGCCUGAAGGUCCGAGAGGCAGCAGUGUCCUCCACUGAUGUCCCAAACUACAGCCAACAGUCUGCUCAGAGGCCCUGUGUGCUGGGGGACAUUAUCAUCACUGAAGGGAGACACUACUGGGAGGUGGAGGUGUCCCCUAAGGGCAGCUGGAGAAUAGGUGUGGUGUCAAAGACUGCUCCCAGGAAUCUAAAGUUCACCAUGACUCCCAGAAGUGGAUACUGGACCCUGUGGAGGGGCACCAGUCUGUGGGCCUGUACCGAGAGACCCACUAAGCUGCAGAGGGCGGCUCCCCCCCGAGUGAUCGGGGUGUUUGUGGACUCUGAGGAGGGUCAGGUGUCUUUUUAUGAUGCUGAGAGAAGGAUUCACAUUUAUACUUUCUCUGACGUCUUCAAACACAGCCUCAUCCCUCUGCUCAGCUACCUGGAUGGAGACACGCUCCUUAAAAUCAUCCCAGCACAGAUUUCAGAGAAGAUGUGACUAAUAUGAAUCAAUGUGACGAAAUCAGACAUCGUGG